CAAAACAUCUGGUGACACAUUUUAACGGCGUUCAGUCAACGGCGGUUAGGCAGCCACCCUCAUCGGAUUUCAAACUUCUUCUCUUAAAUUCCCAGCGGUGUAGCAGAUUCUCAAUCACCAGCAAUCGCCAUGGCCGCCGCGAUUAUCGUCUUCCUCGCCGUCCAUUUCUUCUCCCUUCUUGCCUCUGCUGACGCCGGCAGAUCAAACUUCAGCGUCGGCCUCGGUGCCGGCGACGACGACAGCGCAUCACUCCUCCUUUUCGCCUCCGCCGUCACCUCUGACCCCACCGGCGCCCUAUCCGGAUGGGGUGCCCCAGGAUCCGACGUCUGCGACUGGACCGGCGUGACCUGCCUCCCUGCCACCCGACGGGUGGCGCAGCUCGUCCUCACCGGCCGCGGCCUCCGAGGCACCAUUUCCUCGGCGGUCUCCAACUUAUCUUCCCUCGUUGUCCUCGACCUCUCCGAGAACUUCUUCUCCGGCGUCAUCCCGCCGGCUAUCGGCUACCUCUCCAGCCUCCAACAACUGAGCUUGUCCAAGAACCUCCUCGCCGGGUCCAUCCCCGUCGAGUUCGGCCUCCUCCGCCGCCUCAUCUAUCUCGACCUCGACGGCAACCAACUCACCGGCGCCGCUCCCAAGACUCUGUUCUGCAACUGCACCUCUCUGCAGUACAUCGACCUCUCCAACAACUCCCUCGCCGGAGAAAUCCCCCUCGCCGACGAGUGCCGCCUCCCAGAUUUAAAAUUCAUCCUCCUAUGGUCCAAUAACUUCGUCGGCCCGAUUCCGUUAGCCUUAUCCAACUCCUCCAAGCUCGAGUGGAUUGACUUCGAGUCGAACCGCCUCUCCGGAGUUCUGCCUUCGGCAAUCUUCGACAAGAUGCCGUUCCUCCAAUACUUGUACCUCUCCUACAACAACCUCUCGAGCCACGACAGCAACACAAACCUCGCCCCAUUCUUUGCUUCCUUGAUCAACUGCUCUCGCUUGCAGGAGCUCGAGCUCGCCGGAAACAAUCUCGGCGGCCGCAUUCCGCUCCUCCUUGGCGAUCUUUCUGUCAACCUCGUGCAGCUUCACCUCGACGACAAUGCAAUCUCCGGCCCGAUCCCACCUAACAUAUCCAACCUCCUCAAUCUGACUUACCUCAAUCUUUCGCACAACUACUUGAACGGAUCGAUUCCGCCGGAUUUAUCGCCUUUGAGGAAGCUAGAGAGGGUCUACUUGUCCAACAACUUGCUCUCAGGCGAAAUCCCGCAGUCGCUCGGCGGAAUUCCACACUUGGGCCUCGUCGACAUGUCGUGGAACAAGCUCGACGGUUCAAUCCCCGAGUCCCUGUCCAAUCUAACUCAGCUCAGAACGUUGAUGCUACACAAAAACCAGCUCUCCGGCGAAAUUCCGGCCAGCCUCGGUGCCUGCGUAAACUUAGAAAUUCUCGACCUUUCUUUCAACCGGUUGACCGGGAGAAUCCCGGCCGCCGUGGCGGCCCUAGGCAGCAUAAAAUUGUACCUCAACUUGUCGAGCAACCUCCUCGAGGGGCCGCUCCCUCCGCAGCUCGGCGAGAUGAACAUGAUCCUAGCGUUGGAUUUUUCAGACAACAGAUUCUCCGGCGGGAUACUUCCUCAGCUCGGAGGCUGCCUCGCGCUCGAGUACCUAAACCUCUCUGGGAACGUGAUGCAGGGCCUGCUCCCGAGCUCGGUUGGAGCGCUACCGUAUCUCCAAACGCUCGAUAUCUCAUUCAACAGCUUCUCCGGAGCCGUGCCAGAGACGCUGCAAGCGUCUACCUCACUAAAGCAACUCAAUCUCUCCUUCAACAACUUCUCCGGCGAAUUACCAUCAAAAGGUCUAUUCGCCUCCCUGACCGCCGACUCCUUCCUCGGAAACCCAAACCUCUGCGGGUCGAUUCCGGGAAUGUCUUCAUGCUCAACGCAGCGAGCACAUCGCCGGCGCAAAGCCUUGGCGCUACCUCUUUCAAUCGCCGGCACUAUUUGCACCAUCUUCUUGAUGUGUUCGCUAAUAAAACGCAGGAGGUCAAAGUACAGUUGGCGUCUAAGUCCUCUGUUCCCGGCGACCGGAGAAGAAGAAGGAGGAGGAGGAGGGCAAAGAGCGCGGCGACAGCGUCACCACCCGAGAAUCACACACAGGCAGCUCGUUAAAGCCACCGGUGGCUUCUCCGACGCGAACCUCGUCGGACAAGGGCGAUUCGGGCAGGUGUAUAAAGGCACUUUCGACAACGAGACCGCCAUCGCCGUCAAAGUGCUAGUGAACUCCGGCGGGGAGAUCUCCAAAAGCUUCAAGCGGGAGUGCCAAGUGCUGAGGAGGACGCGGCAUCGGAACUUGAUCAGGGUCAUCACGGCUUGCAGCGAGCCGGAGUUCAAGGCGUUGGUGCUGCCAUUGAUGCCCAAUGGCAGCUUGGAGAGGUACCUGUAUCAGGAACAGAGAAGCGCUGCUCCUCCAUUGGAUUUGAGGAGGAUGGUGAGCAUCUUGAGCGAUGUGGCGGAGGGGGUCGCCUACUUGCACCACCAUGCGCCGGUCAAAGUUGUGCACUGCGAUCUCAAGCCCAGUAACGUCCUGUUGGACGAGGACAUGACGGCGUUGGUAUCGGACUUUGGGAUUUCGAGGCUGGUGAGAGGAAUUGGCCCGUCGUCGAAGGAGGAAGACGACGACGAAUCAUCUGCUUGUAACAAUUCGAUCACCGGAUUGUUGCAGGGCUCCGUUGGAUACAUUGCACCAGAAUACGGAUUGGGAGGCCGACCAUCGCCGGAAGGCGACGUGUACAGCUACGGGGUGGUGGUUCUGGAGAUGGUCGCCGGAAAAAGGCCGACGGACGUAAUGUUUCACGAGGGCGUGACGCUGCACGAGUGGGUGAGAAUCCAUUACCCGCAGGACGUGGACUCCGUCUCGGCGGAGGCGAAGUGGAGAGCGCUUCCUCCUCCGACGCUGGCACCUCAUCAGAGCUCGCUUUACUAUAAGAAGAUGAAGAGGGAGGUGGUGGCGGAGCUGAUCGAGGUCGGUUUGCUCUGCACGCAGGUGUCCCCAGCGACGAGGCCAACGAUGCUCGACGUCGCCCGCCGGUUUUCUCUUCUGAAACAGGAUCUCGCGCGAUAUGACGACGACGCCGCCGCCGGCGACGUCGAGGAGUCGUCCUCGUCCACGACGAAUUCUUCAUCUUUUUGACAAUUAAUUGGCCAGGAUAUAUUAAUUAAAAGCAAGGAUGUGAUUAAUCAGGGUAAUUUCUAAAAAUGUCCAUUGUUAGAUAGCCUUUUCUUAAAAAUAUCCCUCAAACUUUUAUUAUUAUGUCUCUUUUAGCUCUCGCGAUGGUCUCUUGGUUAACGUGUAAUUUGAGUGAUAAUUUUGGCCUUAGGGAAAGGAGGGGCAUUUAGAGUGGCAAUAAAAUGUAAAGGGGCUUUUGAUACUA